AUGUCACGAGCAAGUCAAAAAAAGCCUUCCCCUAAGCAAGCAAGUCCUGGCAUUGUGGGUGUCCAUGCGCGGUACUCCACAUCAGAUAAUCCUGCAUGUUUACCCCCUGUUCUUUUAGAUACAUAUGAAGUGAUCCUAACUAACCACCAUAACCAGCUGCCCAGUAAAGAACUUCCGAACCAAUUCGAAAGCCUUCCUAAGGCAACAACACACUCGUAA